AUGGACACCUUCAAGGACUAUGACGUCGACACAAAAGAGGAGAGAACGGGUUUCUUCAUCCCGGACGUCUCAACACAAGCUAUCCCUAAUCCGACGAUAAACUUCUCCACCCAAAACCCGGAAAAAAAUUUUUCUGGAGGUGCAGACACCUCCACGAAGAGAUACACAAGCCCUCUCGCAAGGUGUCUGACCCCCGUCGGCUCCCGUCUUCCCGGGCCAGGAGUAGGACCUCUCCCCUGUGUCCUCAGGUUCAUGGUAGACCUGCAGGCUGAAGUCCAGGAGAUGGAGUUCCUGCAGUUCUCCAAAGGUAUGGACACCAUGAGGAGAGAAGACUUCGCUGAGUGGCUGCUACACUACACCAAUGAAGAAGACAACGAGGCGUACUGGGAGAACAUGAGGAAGAGGAUCCCUGCAGGCCAGAGUAUCACCUUCGAGGAGUUCAAAGCCUUCUGUCUGUUCACCAACAAUCUGGAGGAUUUUUCCUUUUCUAUGAAACUGGUCACUGGAGCCAACCGGCCUGUUGGAAUGGUCCAGUUCAAACGAGCAGUGAGGAUCGCCACAGGCCACGAUCUGUCUGACAAUGUUCUGGAUACUGUCUUCAAGCUCUUUGAUAUGGAUGGAGAUAAGUGCCUGAGCCACAAGGAGUUCAUGGGAGUGAUGACUGACAGAAUACGGCGAGGCCUGAAGGUGAGCCCGAGCCAUAGUUUUUGA